GACCAUCCUCCUGAGCGUGAUCUCGCUGCUGAACGAACCCAACACAUUUUCCCCAGCCAACGUGGAUGCCUCUGUGAUGUACCGCAAGUGGAAGGAGAGCAAAGGGAAGGACCAGGAGUACACGGACAUCAUCAGGAAGCAAGUCCUGGGCACCAGGGUGGAUGCUGAGCGGGAUGGUGUGAAGGUCCCUACCACGCUGGCAGAGUACUGCGUGAAGACCAAGACUCCAGCCCCAGAUGAGGGCUCUGACCUCUUCUACGAUGACUACUACGAGGACGAUGAGAUGGAGGAGGAAGCAGACAGCUGUUAUGGUGAUGAGGAUGACUCUGGCAAUGAGGAAUCCUGA